UGACGCGCCCGGCCCGGCCCAGCCGGGGUCUGCGCGGCGGCGGGCGUGCGCUCAGGCGAGCCCGGCGCAGGUGACUGGCGCGGGUGAGCGGCGAGGGUGGACGGCGGCCGCCUCUCCGAGGCCAGCUGAGCCCGCGGGACGCCUGGCUGUCCGCGGUCGCCUCAUUGGGAGAGUUGAGGAACCCCCAAGCACUGCCGCUGGUGAGAACGAUUGCAGCCGGCCCUUCUGCAGCCAAGACAGGACAGGCUCCCUCCGUGCCGUGCAUCCACUGCUGCUUCUGCACAGUGCUGCCGCUCUCUGUGUCUGUGCCUGAGGAGUCCCUCAUCCUCCGCUGCCCUCAGAUUCCUCGUUAGUACUCUGCUGGCCUCUUCUCCUGCUGGCCAGGCACAGACUGCCUGGAUGCCGCUGUGAGAACAACCAGAGGUUCUCCUGCGAGCCAGUGAGCCUGGCUCCUUCUCUCCGCAGGCCUCCAGGACUGCACACACUGCCCCGGAGCAGGCAGGCACCAGCACGAAUAUGAGGUGGUCUCGCUGCUCUCACGCCCUAAAAGGAGUUUGCGCCAUCGCCUUCUUGGCCACAGCUGCCCUUCUGGGGCAUGUCCUGCUCCAUGACUUCCCGGUGGUCCCCCGAGAUCUGGAUGGCCCCUCCCAAGGAUUGGAAGAGACUCCUGGAGCUAGCCAUCAAGGAAGCAGGAGGCUCCAGCCCCGACACAUCCGGGAGCACCCGGGCUGGCCCAGAGCAGCACCCACACAAUGUGAUGUGCCCCCCAACAGCCGCUUCGACUGUGCCCCAGACAAAGCCAUCACCCAGGAGCAGUGUGAGGCCCGUGGCUGCUGCUAUGUCCCUGCAUGGCAAGGGCCACAGGGCCCCCUGAUGGGGCAGCCCUGGUGUUUCUUCCCACCCAGCUACCCAGGCUACCGGCUAGAGAAUCUGAGCUCCUCGGAGACGGGCUACACAGCCACCCUGACCCGUGCUGUCCCCACCUUCUUCCCAAAGGACAUCCUUACCUUACGACUGGAUGUGCUGAUGGAGACUGAGAGCCGCCUCCACUUCACAAUCAGAGACCCUGCCAACAAGCGCUACGAGGUACCCUUGGAGACACCCCGUGUACACAGCCGGGCGUCAUCCCCACUCUACAGUGUGGAAUUCUCGGAGGAGCCUUUUGGGGUGGUUGUGCGUCGGAAGCUGGAUGGCCGGGUGCUGCUGAACACCACUGUGGCCCCGCUCAUCUUCGCUGACCAGUUUCUGCAGCUGGCCACCUCACUGGCCUCCCGGUACAUCACAGGCCUCGCGGAGCACCUCAGCCCCCUGAUGCUCAGCACCAACUGGACCAGGAUCACUCUCUGGAACCGGGACUUGGCACCCACGCCUGGUGCCAACCUCUAUGGGUCGCACCCUUUCUACCUGGCUUUGGAGGAUGGUGGCUUGGCUCACGGAGUCUUCCUCUUGAACAGCAAUGCAAUGGACAUAGUACUGCAGCCCAGCCCAGCACUCAGCUGGAGGUCGACAGGCGGGAUCCUGGAUGUGUACAUCUUCCUGGGCCCAGAGCCCAAGAGUGUGGUGCAGCAGUACCUGGACAUUGUGGGGUUUCCCUUCAUGCCACCCUACUGGGGCCUGGGCUUCCACCUCUGCCGCUGGGGCUACUCGUCUACCGCCAUCAUCCGCCAGGUGGUGGAGAACAUGACAAGGGCUCAGUUUCCUCUGGACGUACAGUGGAAUGACCUGGACUACAUGGAUGGCCGGAGGGACUUUACCUUCAACAAGGACGGCUUCGCAGACUUUCCGGCCGCUGUACGUGAGCUGCACCAGGGCGGCCGGAGGUACAUACUGAUCGUGGACCCUGCCAUCAGUAGUGCAGGCCCCGCUGGGAGUUACAGGCCCUACGAUGAGGGUCUGCGGAGGGGGGUCUUCAUCACCAAUGAGACCGGGCAGCCACUGAUGGGAAAGGUGUGGCCCGGAUCCACUGCCUUCCCCGACUUCACCAACCCUGAGGCCCUCGACUGGUGGCAGGACAUGGUGACCGAGUUCCACGCCCAGGUGCCCUUUGAUGGCAUGUGGAUCGACAUGAAUGAGCCAUCCAACUUCUUAUGGGGCUCUGAGCAUGGCUGCCCCAACAACGAGCUGGAAAACCCACCCUAUGUACCUGGGGUGGUUGGUGGCACCCUGCAGGCGGCCACUAUCUGUGCUUCCAGCCACCAGUUCCUUUCUGCACACUACAACCUCCACAACCUGUACGGCCUGACCGAAGCCAUCGCUUCCAACAUGGCCCUGGAGAAGGCUCGAGGGACACGACCCUUUGUGAUCUCCCGUUCAACUUUCUCUGGCCACGGCCGAUACGCUGGCCACUGGACAGGUGAUGUGUGGAGCAGCUGGGAGCAGCUUUACUACUCAGUGCCAGAAAUCCUGCAGUUUAACUUGCUGGGGGUGCCCCUGGUUGGGGCGGACAUCUGUGGCUUCCUGGGCAACACCUCGGAGGAGCUGUGUGUGCGCUGGACCCAGCUGGGGGCAUUCUACCCCUUCAUGCGGAACCACAAUGACCUGCACAGCCUGCCCCAGGAGCCAUACGUGUUCAGUGAGCCAGCUCAGCAGGCCAUGAGGAAGGCCUUUGCCCUGCGCUACACGCUACUACCCUACCUCUACACGCUGUUCCACCGCGCCCACGUCAGCGGGGAGACGGUGGUCCGGCCCCUCUUCCUAGAAAAGACACAGUGUAUCUGGCCCGAGAGAUUUAUAUAUGCCUCCAAGAAAACGAGAAUGACCAGAGCCGGCAAGGACACGGAGAGCAGGUUCCCUGAAGACCCCCAGACCUGGGCCGUGGACCGCCAGCUGUUAUGGGGGGAGGCCCUGCUCAUCACACCAGUGCUCGAGCCAGGAAAGGCCGAGGUGACUGGCUAUUUCCCCGUAGGCACAUGGUACAGCCUGCACACGGUACCAGUAGAGGCGCUCGGCAGCCUCCCCACUCCACCUCCAGAACCCCUCAGGUCUGCCAUCCACAGCAAGGGGCAGUGGGUAACACUGCCAGCCCCUCUGGACACCGUCAACGUCCACCUGCGAGCUGGGUACAUCGUGCCUCUGCAGGGCCCUGCCCUCACAACCACGGAGUCCCGUAAGCAGCCGGUGGCCUUGGCUGUGGCCCUGACAGCAAGUGGCAAGGCCUGUGGGGAGCUGUUCUGGGAUGAUGGGGAGAGCCUGGGGGUGCUGGAGCGCGGGGCCUACACACAGGUCACCUUCUUGGCCAGGAAUAACACCCUCGUGAAUGAGCUGGUGCACGUGAGCAGGGAGGGGGCAGACCUGCAGCUAAGGAAGGUGACCAUCUUGGGGGUGGCCACAGCGCCCCACCGGGUUCUCUCCAAUGGGGUCCCUGUCUCCAACUUCACCUACAGCCCUGACAGCCAGCUCCUGGCUGUCCCCGUCUCGCUGUACGUGGCUGAGCAGUUCCACAUCAGCUGGGCUUAGCAGGAGCAGCCUGUCCGUCUCUGCCUGUGCGGGAGACGCUGAGCACGCAGACAGCUCCUGGGGUCCUGAGGUCUUGGGGUCCAGGCGCUGUCUCCUGACCCGCCUGAAGAGUUCUGUGCCUGGAGCCCACGGUUCCCAGUCCCCCGAGGGCUGCUGUGUUGGAGCUGUAAGGUUUGCCUCCCAUGCCUGCCGCCUGUGCAGCAGCAGCAUCUGCCCCCAGCCGUCCCUGCCGCCAGAGAAGACACUGAGAAGACACUGCUCAGGACAGAGAUGGUGUGCUGCACCAAGGUCAAGGUCAGCUGUGAGUCAACAAAUGAACACAGCUGGCAACACUACAGAGUUUGCAGGGUGUGGAAAACUUACUGGGAAGUGCACUUACUUUUAAUAAACAGGCGUUUGGAACCAGCUUCUGCUGGUCUUCUGGGACUCGAGGCAGGGAGGAGGGCCAGGG